CAGCUUGAAUUCCCUUCCCCCUCCCGCACCCCAGACGGAGGAGAUGGAGGCUGUGAUGAGAAGGUUUAGGAAUGUAGCUCCAGCUAACAACGUCACCGCCAUCCACACCAAGAACGCUUCGGCACGGUUGUGUGGUCAAAGCCCUUUAUUGUGUUUUUAUAUGAAACGCAACGUUUCCUUUCUUAGGAAAACUAACCAUAAAAGUUACAUCUCUGGGAUCUCCGAUUGUGCUGAUUUCUGAACCAGGACGCAAAUCGGUUUCCAUGGAGACUGUGAGGACGCAUUGAUCGGUGUUGUCGCGCAGAACUGAAGGGGGAGGCACCGGAGGACGCAUCGCUCUCUCCGGCGUCAGAGACGGCGAUGGUAGGGAAAUGCCAUUUCACAACAGCGUGUAUUACCCCUACCAUUCGGAGCCUCGUGGGGGGCAAUCGUCGGCAGGGAUCCCCUCGCUGCUGAACUCCCCGCAGAGCCAGCGUUCCUCCAGCAGCGGGCAGGCCCCCGGAGCGUCGGCCAUGUCGGGGGCGCCGUCCGCGCCCGCCUUCAAGUUCCGGGCGCGGCGCGACAGCGUGGACUGGCGGCGGAUCAGCGCCGUGGACGUGGACCGCGUGGCGGGCGAGCUGGACUUCCACACCCUGCAGGAGCACGUGACGGGGGUGACCUUCUGCAGCGUGGAGCACGAGCGCUGCCCCCACUGCCAGAGCCCCGUGGACCCCGUGCUCCUCAAGCUGUUCCGCCUCGCCCAGCUCACCGUGGAGUACCUCCUGCACUCCCAGGACUACCUGAGCCAGAACCUGCAGGCCGCCGAGGAGAGGCUGCAGGCGGCCGCCCUGGAGAAGGAGCAGCUCCGCGAGCAGCUGCAGAAGCAGGAGCAGGACGCCCGGGGACUCAAGGAGGAGCUGAAGCAGAGGAAGAAGAUCAUCGUCUCCCAGCAGUCCAUGAUUAACGCCGGCAUGGGCGGCUACCACAAGUGCCAGUGCUGCGAUAAGGCCUUCAUGAACAGCUCCUUUCUGCAGAGUCACAUACAGCGGCGUCACCCAGAGGAGUAUGACAUCAGGUUAAUGUCUGAGAAGCAGAGGAAGGUGCAGGCAGUGAAACUGCAGGAGGAGAUUAAUAAACUGAAGGAGCAGUUAAAUCUGACCAGGUCCCAGCUGGAGAUGCAGCAGCAGGCCCACAUGCUGAAGGCCUCUCAGGAACAAGAGCAACAGUCUAAGGACGAGGACAUGCUGAAGCGCCUGGAGAGAUGGAAGGAGGAAGAGAGGGAACGACUGAGCCGUCAGAUGGAGGACAUGAGGGAGAUGUUCCUCAGGGAGUCCAAGGACCUGAAGGCGGAGCUGCAGCAGUACAAAUCACAAGUCCAUUACCUCUCUGAGCUGGAGGAGAGCAGCCGUAAGAUGAGGUCUCUGAAGGAGGAGAAGAUUGAGGAGGAGAAGCUGCAGGAGGUGAAGCUGCAGGCCGGCAGUGAUGAGAGGCACCGCGACGACAUGCGCAAGCUCCAGCAGCUGCUCAAGAAACAGGAUGAGAAGUGGUUGUCACGGUUGCAGAAGUCACAGGAGGAGCAUGCGAGAGAAAGGAGUCAGCUCCAGGGGGACCUGCAGCAGCUGCAGGGCUUGACGGAGGAGCAGGAGGCCAACAGGAGGCGCAUGGAGGAGAUGAGCUGGAAGCUGCAGGAGCAGAGGGAGCUGAUCGCUUCUCAGCGGGAGCAGAUAAGGCAGCUCCCCUCAAAUCCUCCAGUCAGAGUGGCUGAGCCUACAGUCAUUGCUGCUGCUCCAGAGCCCAAACCAAAGCCCCCAGUCACCGUCCAAAUAGAACAGCCUAAGUCAGUGGGUAAGCUGGAGCCCAUUACGGAGCUGUCAGAGGAGGAGAAAGACUCCAGCAUUUCGGAGAAGGCUGCAGUGAAGAGGCAGCCCUCUAUCAGUGCCUUGAAGAAGAACCCCGGUCUGAAGAGGGAGCUGCGCUUGGUGCUGGAGCAGACUCUCACAGAGAAGCUGGAGUCUCUCGGCGUCAAAGAGGGCGUGAGCAGGCUCUCUAAGGACGAGCUCGGCAGCGCGAUGGCCAAACUGCGCUCUGAGAGGGAGAGGAGGGCGAAGAUGUUUCCGGAAUACCGCCGCCUUCGGGAGGAUCUGUCCCGCGGCCUGACGCUGAGGGCGAGAGGGAGAGAGACGGGGGGCAGCUCCACCCCAGAGCAGUCGGGCCGACCCAAACGCCCCGCAGACGAAGUGGCUCAGGUGAGGAGCAGGUCCGGCAGUCUCCCCUCCCGGGUCACACAGGUGCAGUCCAAACCGGGCCCCUCCUGGCCCCAGCCGGCCCCCGAGAAGACCCCCGAGCGGGCCCCCCAAUGGGCCCCCCAACCCGCCCCCAGGAGCAAGAACAGCACCCUGCCCAAGAGCUCCACCCCCAGAGCUGCAGAACUCAGCUCAGACGAGGAGUCCGCGGAGGAGGAGCCCUCGCGGCGACAGGGGGCCCCCCGGGGCCAGGGCACCAAGCCAAGGGACACGGCCCAGAGCGCCGUGGCAACCGCCGUGGCGGUGGAGAGCGACAGCGAGUGGACCGACGGCAGCGUCAUGGAGGAGAUCGACCCGCGGCAGCUCCAGCGCUACGGAGUGCAGAACGGCAUUGUGGGAAAGGCCUCCCGAGGUGACCUGGUGAAGGACCUGAGCCGGAGUCUGGAGAGGCAGCUGCAGGACCGGAGCCGGGCGGCCCUGCUGCCAGCCAAUAAGGAGGCGGUCAGGGAGGCGGUGCAGGAGCUGAAGUACACAGAAAUCGAGGAGGAUGACGAUGACGACUGGGACAUCUCCUCUCUGGAGGACAAGCCGUCAGCGCCCAGGCAGGACAAUGUGGUCAUGGUUAAAAAGAGCCUGGAUUCGUCCAACACCAGCAUCUGGGGCUCCUCCACAGGGAGGGGGCAGGAAGGAGGUCCACAGAAAGGGGGCACAAGCAGCACCCUGAAGAGCAGCUUGGUGACGGUCAGUGACUGGAGCGAUGAUGACAUAUAACACACGGACAGCAUAUGAACGGCGUAUCUAGGUUUGCAAUAUCCUUGUACCAGUGACAACCUUUACCAAUAAAGCAGAACACUACAAGCAAGUGUGGAGCCUAAUGCACUGUACAUUUUAUCUUUGUGCCUAUUCUAGCAGUCACUGCCACUGGUGGUGUAGGUGAAGGGGAGGUUAUAUGACCCCUGUCCGUCUGUCUGUCUGUCUGGCUAGUUAUAUCAGGAUAACUGAAAUAUUACUCAUGGAUUUGUUUGUGGCACAGGACAGAACGUGCUAUUUUAGGGCAGAUAUGAUGGAUGGCAAAAGGCCUGCUGCAUGUACUGUAGAUGUUAUCACAGCAAUAAUAGAAGGAUCUAGAUGGAAAGCAGAGCCUUGUUUUUUGUAAACUAGCUCCCACUGAAGGCAACAGAAAAUGACCGUGUUAAAACCUCUAAAUCUCCGGGUGUCAAUCAGACCCGUUUUAGGACCUCAUACACUCCUUUAAAUCUAGUGCCUCAGAUGAAAGAAUAGAUCACCUUGCUUGAGUUAUUUCCAGUGUACAAUUUCCAAUGUAGUGUAUUUUUUAUUUGUAUUUUCUAAAAUCUGUUCAAUAAGUGAUUGGACUAAUGAAGAUGCAACAGUGAAAUUUUUUCAGUUGGACCGUAAUUACAGCAUCUCUGUCUGGGCACAGCGGUAGGAGCCAUGUACUGUACCCUACACUAGCUAGCAAUAAAUUACCACCCUAGGUGCUAAAACCUGUUUUACCUGUUUCUACCCGUUUUAUUCAACCAGUACUGAAGGGAUUCUGCUGACUCAUGUGGCUCAUGUGUUUUUACGGACUUUGAUGUAAAUUAAUGAAUUUUCAUAACUUUAAUAUUAACAUGUGCGCAUAACCGAUAUGAAAGCAUAUUCUAAACUGUAAUAUGAGCACAUUAAUUUUGAACUUAGUAGAGAAUACUCGUGGAUUAGUUAUACAACUAAGAAACCGUGUGGGUUUGCACUAGCUUGUGCUUUUAUCAUUGUCCAAUAUUAUUAGAGGUUUUUAAACUACCUUGCACAUUUGAGUAUCAUGCAAACAAUAUGCUUAACCAUUGGAGACAUAACAUAUGUACUUUUGAUAUUUCUGUGCCAGGGUGUGGUAGUCUUUAGUGAGUGUUACAGCGGUCACAAAAAUGCAUAAUUGAGGUAAUAAUGGUAUGUUGCAUAGAUAUAAUACUUAUAUCUAGAUAAUUCAAUUUUUCAUGCAAUACAGGAUAUAUGUUCUUUUGUGCCAGGAAGUGUACAUUUAAGUAUUCUGUCAUAUUUUUGUAUUUUUAAUUUUAUAAACAAGUUUACAAAAACAAGAAACAUUUUAUAUGUCCAUAUAUACAAGCAUUUAUUCAUAUGUACAGGUAGAUUCAAAUGUACACAAUAAAAA